AUGGUUCCUGUGCACGAGACGUCUCAGGAGCCCUUGCGUGACGUGAAGGAUGAUAUUAAUUCCAUUCACUCUGAGUGUGGAGCCCUUGCUCUGAGGUGGAAGUUGGAUAAUGAUAUGUAUCUGGUGUCGAGUUGUGAGGUGCAGAGCGUGUUAGAUAUGAACAAUCUGAGGUCUUUCUUGACUCUUAAUGCUUUGAAUGAGUUUGCUUCUAAGUAUUCUGGUGUUGAUUGGAGGCAAAAGCUCGAGACACAGAAGGGUGUGUUUGUUUUGGCUAUUGAGUUGAAAAGCAAUCCAAAUAAAAAUGGAUUGUUCAGGCUUUGUUAG